AUGACGGAUGCGCGCGAAUCGCUGGACGUCUUCGCCCCGGGCGUCGCGCGCGGGCGAUGCGAUGGUGAACGCGCGUCGGGGUGGGGCCACCGCGGGCGUCGAACGCUCGCGCGCGCGUCGGGGACGAAUGGGUCGGCGGACGGAGACGUGGGCGGGAAGGAUGGGUUCGAGGGAUUCUUCUUCGACGACGACGACGCGGAGGCGGAGGCGGAUGACGUGGACGACGCGGACGCGGAGGAUGCGGAUGAAGACGAAGACGAGGACGAUGAUGAUGUGUUCAAGCGUGGGUUCGCUCGGUCGAUGUACGACGAUCUCGGGACGGGAUUCGAGGAUGAGGAUGAGGACGACGCGCGUUCGCGCGACUUGGACGACUUGAUCGAUUACGACGACUCGGACGACGAUAAGACCGGAGGGACGUUCGGUGACAUCGAUCUGAUCGCUGGUCAAGAAGAGUUGGAUGACGUCGAGCGGGACGUUCCGGUGGAGAAGUCGCGACACUUUGUGGACGAAGCCGGGAACUUGCGCGGACGCGCGCUGUACGUGUGUCAACUCAACUGGUGGUUGCGCGUGAAGAACAUGCAGACGUACCCGCCGUCGAAGAAGGAGAUCGCCGAGCUCGUCGAGCGCACCGGGGUGGCGCACGAGGACAUCUUGGCGUGGUACGACGAUCAGUGUGAACGAUACGAAAACAUGUCCAUCGCCGAACGCGCCGAAUACGAGGCGGAUUGCGCGAGGAGGCAAAAUAGGAUCGAUCAGCUCGUCGCGGAGGACUUCGCCGAGCGCUCGUCCACGCAUUUCAUCGAGGAAGACAUUUUUUACGACGAGGCUGACUUGAUGCACGAGGCGGACAUGGACGAGGAGCCGCUGACGCUCGCGAUGGAGCGCCUCGACGACGCCUUGCGCGAGGACGAGGAACGCGAGUACCUGGAGAAGACGGGCAAGGUGAUGGAUGAGGAUGAGGAGGACGGACUGGACGAGUCACAGCUCGAGCGCAUCUUCCAAGAUGGCUCCAAGGCGAACCCGUUUUUGAUCAGUCCGAGGCAGCAGAGUGGUGGAGAUUGGAAAAUGAUCUCGAGCGGCGAGAGCGGCGCGGACGACGACGACGGAGAGUGGAUCGUCGAGGGUGGGUGGGAUUCGCUUCCGCAGCACGAAGCAGUGAGCGCCUUCGAUGGUGGCUCUUUGUCCUUCGUCGGCGUGCAAAACGAGGAGAUCGCGAGCGGGCAGAACUUGUGGCUUCGCGAGCGCGCGAUCAACACCAGACAUCUCGAACCCGCGACAGAGGUUCCUCUUGACACAAUCGAUCGCGACCCGGCGCGUCACUUCGGUGACACUGAGCGCGUGAUGCACCACACUUUGAAGCACGACCAAGUGCUCCAAGGCACCGUGGUCGCUAUCGAUCUCUAUCACGGCGCUUUGAUUGACUGUGGCACGGAAAUCGACGCACUCUUGCCCAUCAACGAGACGGACUGGAUGACCAUGCGCGAUCACGUCACCAUUGGAAUGGAACUCGAGGUCAAGGUCAGCGAUCUUCGAAACAAGUGGUGGAGAUUCAGGUAUCCUUUGGAGGUGAUGCCGACGAGACAAGACUUGCUACUCAUGAUCGGUCGACAUCCGCAUCCAUUCGGUUCACCCAUUAACAUUUACGCGGGCGAGUCGUGGGAGGAGGCGUGCCUGGACGCCGGGCGCAAGGUGUUGGCGCCGCAGAAAGCGGAUGAAUCGAAGAAGCUCGCCAAGAAAAGAGUCGAUGAUAUGAUCAAAGAGAGCGCGGCGAGCAAUAGGCGCAAGCUCUCGGUCUACGAGAUGGAGAUGCUCGAAACGGGCGACGCCGCGGAUGAGACGAGCCGCGCCUACGCGAAGAAGCUCGAGGCGCGACUCGCGGGGCAGGGCACGGGUGAAGACGACGAUGACGAAUUCGACGACGAUGACGACGACGAGCUGUUUGAUGACGACUUCCUUCGCCUCGAGAACGAAGAUUUAGACGAGGAUGAAGAGGAUGACGACGGCGACGUAGACGUCGAGCCCACGGAUGAAGUCUCGUCCGACUUGCGCGGCGGCUCUGUGAAAAUCAAGGACGAGUUCCACGACGACGAUGAGGAGGAAGCGGAGUACUCGAGCGUCGACGAGGACGAAGAAGACGAACCGUACGCGGGCGCGAGAUAA